AUGGAUCAAGACGACCAGACUCCACAGUCGGAGAGCGCCUCCGGAUCGAGGCUGAAAUCUCGCUCCGACCCUUCAGCGAAGCGCGUGUCAAGAGCCUGUUUACACUGCCGACAGCGUAAAUCCAAGUGUGACUUAGAUAGCAGUGGCAGCCCCGGGGUGCCACCAUGUCAGCGGUGUCUCCGAGAGAACCGCGAAUGUGUCCUUGGAGGCUCAAACCGCGGAGGACGCCGGAUUCGAAAGAACAAAAUGAAAAAUUUCACGCCGAGCACUGACCUGGCCGCGCGUAUAGAAUCGUUGCUGGACACCACCAGUCCGUCCACCUCAGACAGUCGCAAAAAUCCGCCCGGUGCAUAUUCAAAUCCGGUUGUCUUCGUGCCUCCUAAUCCUCCAGCGACGGUUUCCGUAUCGGUGGAUGACGGAGACACGGCCUCGAUCGACUCGGUACCGCAAAACCCGUCGGAUGCAUGGCAAUGCUUAACGGGCAUUGCCAAACGCAGUGCGGACGACCCAACUCCCGAGACGCACACCGACUCCAUGCAAUCGGGUCCAGGUGGGUUCCCAUCCUUGAAUGCGUUCCAGAAUCCUGCGACUGCCGAGUAUCAAUCAGCCACGGGUAUCAGAACAUACAGGCUGGUGCAAGCAAGGUCUCUGGACCCGGGCACAGUGUGGCAGCUGGUGGCUCGCUAUGCCAAGAACUUUCAUCCUUAUCUUCCACUGGUGCCCCGCAAGUACUUCGACCGCAAUGCUCUGGACGCCUUCGCCAACAAUGAGAAACAUCUCCUGACCGCCGUGCUUACCAUCGCUUCGAAGGACCUGGUGGACCGGCCGGAGAUCCAUGAAUACUGUUCCAAGUACAUGCACGAACUCAUCUCUGGCAUCGCGGCUGGUGCCGACUGCGACGUUGAGGCUGUGGAAGCGCUUCUUCUUCUGGCAGAAUGGGAACCCCAGGGUCUUCGGCCCCGGAUUGAGCGGGUUGGGCGUGGAGAAGAGGACCGGGCGGCCUGGAUGCAUGUCGGGUUGGCCUUGCGAUCGGGGUAUUUCUUGGGAUUAGACCGGACGUCGUUUCGAAGCGACACCUCGGGAAACACAGAGACCGAAGCCCGCAGGAGACUGGCAUGGACCAGUUGCUAUAUCUCCGACCGACUCAUAUCCGUUCGGAUCGGACGGGCUUUCUGGUCGCGAGGUCCAGGCCCUAUGACCGGUCUUGUCAGUCAGGAUUUUCCUUCCUUACUGCCCGUCAAUGAGAGUGACGAAGACUAUGCCAAAAUCUUCCAGGCCACAUUGGAUCUUACGCAGCUCUACAACAACGUCCAUGAUGUAUUGUACUCUGGAAUGCGGACCAGUAAUCAGAUGAUGCUCAUGGGCGACUACGUGAAAUAUGUGGAUGAUUUUCGUCUUGCGAUUCUUCGUUGGAAGUCCCGCUGGGGCUCGCUGCCCUGUUCUGCGCCGAUGCGAGCCACUCUGCAACUCUCGUACGAGUAUCUGAGACUCUAUACCAAUGCAUUUGCAUUUCAAGCCGCGAUCUCCCAGUCACUGGUAUCCAAGCACAAGAACAACGAUCAAUCACAAAGAGAACAUUUGCGCUCGACUUUCAACAACGUGGCAUCGAUGCAAGAUGCGCGAUUCAUCUAUGAAUCUGUGGAUGCCGCAAAAGCGUACCUGACCAUCCUUGUAGAUGAAGUGCACCCGGAGAAGCAUUUGCAUUUCAUGCCUCUGCGGUAUUACUUGUACGGCAUCUACGCGGCUGUCUUUUUGUACAAGGCGCGCUCAUUCGGGGUCAUGCCCAACUCGGAAGAAACCAAGGUACGCAACUUGGUCACUCGCACAACCGAAGUCUUGAAGCGAGCAAGUGCUGGACCAGACGAUAUCGGGGCCCGUUACGCACGGCUUUUGGAGCUCUUGUGGCAGGCCAAAGCUCCGGCUACCGUCUCCCCUGCGACCACACAUCAUAGUGAUAUCCUUGUGCAGAGUACCCUUGCCAACCGCCUGCCGGAGCAGAAUGCUUACGUGCACUUCAGCCCUGCCAAUGAUUUCUCUUGGCUAGACCUUGAAGCAGUCGGGGACUUUGUUUCCGGAGACCAAAUACCAGGAGCAGGCACCAUGGCGUUCGAUGCGUUCCAGAACCCUGAUCUGUACCAGACACAAGAUCGUUCGCUGGCGUGGCCGCUGGCAACCUGGUCCGGUGAUAUGACCAACCUUUUAUUCUAA